UGACUUUACGCUGCUGGAGCGACGCAACAUGACGGCGGCUAAUGAGAACACAGCCGUGAAGGGAACACAAAGCGAGGCUGAAGAAGCCAAACUACAAAUGUUAAAAGGUGCAGCGUUUCUGACCACGGUGGCAUCUGCAGGGAUGAUCGCAGGCUUUGGCUCCACAUUAGCGCUGGCAAAGAAAAAAAGCCCAGACUGGUUUAAUAAGGGUGUUGCAUCGACAGCAGCAGCCCAGGAGAGUGGAGCGUCUCUGGCUCUCCGAGCUCUGGGGUGGGGGUCUUUGUUCGCCUGGUGCGGGGUCGGUCUGCUCAGUUUCACCGUGUGGAAAGUCCUCGGUGUUCAUAGUUUGUCAGAGUUCAGACAGAAGAUGCAGUCCUUCUUCCCGCCCAUCCCAAAGACCGCUGAGGCCACAGCUGGAUCUGAACCUCUGGACUGGGACUCUGUCUUCAAGUCAAAGUGACGUCCUGCUGCCGGAGGACGGCGACGAAUCCAGCCAGACUGAAAACAAAGAGGAGGUUGCUCCAGAGACUUUGUGCUCUUCAGACGGGUUCUGUUGGUGUCACUGGAGAAUCCUCUAGACCAGUUUGGUUCCAGUCUGGUUGCAGCAUCCCUCCACUGAGCGAGCUGAGCUGUAGCAGCUGUGUCUGGAGGGUCAGAUGUUGGGGUCGACACAUUGAGUUUGAAUUUCCAAAAUUCACACAAUACUCUGUUGAACAUGGUUUAACGUAGCUACAGAAGACUCCAUGUUUUCCCAUAACGUCUGUUCAAAAACAUCCCACUGAUUGUAAAAUUUCAUGAAUAUCGCUGAAACGUUUAAAUGAACAAACUGUAAAAUUUCAACAUUACUGAAAUGUGUUGAGAAACAGUACAGUUGUGAUAACAAAGCUGCAAUAUUUGGAAUAAACAUGGCUGUUGUGUCCAAACACAUCCCACUGAGAUUAAUGUGAAAUUCUGAGGAAAAGUUUAAAAAAAUAAAAUCAUAAAAUGUAGAAAAUAAAACUAAAGUUUUGAGAAUGUUGAAAUAUUUAAGAAAGUUAUGAAACCAUGACAUCGAGUUUAAAUCUGUCUUUCA